AAAGAAAGAGAGAGCGAGAGCAUGAGAAAGUGACACAAAACAAAGAGAGAGAGAGGGACCAGCCAGAGUCAGACUGAGACAUAAAAAAAAAUUCCGUUGUGCUGCAAAGAGAGCCUGGGGUCUAUAUCUGAGACACCAUUUGUAUGUUGUAGAUGAAAUCAGAGAGCUUUACGCCACUUGGGGGGAGAGAUAGUGCCUGGGCACGAGAGCGUAAAAUGUUGCCUAAGAAGGGGUGGAGAGAACAGGGCAGGAGAGGUGUUGAGAUUGUUUAAGAAAGGGUGAGUGGUUAUUUGUCUGUCUUGUUCUGCCCUCCCUUGCUCUCUCUCUCUUUCAGAGUUUCCUCUUUACACUUACUCUUUACAAAAUGAACUGGAAUGAGACUGUUCCUAAACAAUCUUGGCUACUUCUGAAAAACUGACCAAAGAAAUUGAGGAUUUAUGAAUUGAGGACUUGAUGAAUGUAGGCUUGAAAACAAACAGUUUUGAGAGAUUAUUUGUUUGCGCUUAUCUGGACAAGACGUUUCCCCUCCACUCUUUCUAAACCACAGCAGUUGUCUCCAUUCCUGUUGGACUAUGGUAUAUUCUGGCCCUAUCUGGGUUACCUGAUUUCAUUGGAUUAUUCUUUGGAUUACUGAGGAACACUGGUGAAGAUAUAUUGUAUAAAGUGUGCUCUUUUCAACCAAAGCUGUCAACCAUAAAGAUAGAAUGACAACAUUUACCAAACCGUCCAUGCCAUACAUCUAGACCACUCCCUCAUGCAACUGUCAUAGAUAGGGCUGCGCUGAACUGAUCCCACUCGGACUAACACACCACAACCAGGAAUCCCUCCUCAGGACAAUGGCCACGGGAGGGAACGGGCUAGGAUCUGACCGGAGCCUGACAUCCACCUCCCAGCCGCCCAGUGCCUCUGACCGGAGCCUGAAAUCCAACUCCCAGCCGCCCAGUGCCUCUGACUGGAGCCUGAAAUCCAACUCCCAGCCGCCCAGUGCCUCUGACUGGAGCCUGAAAUCCAACUCCCAGCCGCCCAGUGCCUCUGACCGGAGCCUGAAAUCCACCUCCCAGCCGCCCAGUGCCUCUGACUGGAGCCUGAAAUCCAACUCCCAGCCGCCCAGUGCCUCUGACUGGAGCCUGAAAUCCACCUCCCAGCCGCCCAGUGCCUCUGACCGGAGCCUGAAAUCCAACUCCCAGCCGCCCAGUGCCUCUGACCGGAGCCUGAAAUCCAACUCCCAGCCGCCCAGUGCCUCUGACCGGCGGCAGGUGGACAAGGCCCUGAAGAGGCUGGAGAAGCUGCAUCGGCUGUGUACCAACCUCAGGCUAGGCCUGAGGAACAGCCCCCCGUACCUCCCCGAUGUGGUCUCAGAGACAGCCACGCUGCUCACCCAGGUGUGGGAGCCAUACAGGGGGCCUGCAGCUGGGGGGCAGGCCCCCCGGGGGGACGAGGGGGAGUACCUGAGGAUCCAUGCAAGACACCUGCUGGAUAAGACUAACCGGGCCGUGCUGCUGUUUAAAGAGGGGCGCGAUAAGAUGUUCGAGGAGAUGUCCAGCUACAGGAGAAACUUGACCAAGCUGUCCCUGCUCUUCAGUCACAUGCUCUGGGAGCUACGGGCCAUGUUUCCCGAGGGAAGCUUUCAAGGUGACACCUUUAGGCUGACUAAGACAGAGGCCGGAGAGUUCUGGAGGCGAGCAUUUGGAAACAAGUGUAUUGUGCAGUGGAGCAGUUUUAAGCAGCAUCUCCGUAGGGUCCAUGGCUUUGAAGAGGGGAUGGAGUCCAUGGCUCUAAAGUCCACUGUAGAUCUCACCUGUAACGACCACAUCUCAGUGUUCGAGUUUGACAUCUUCACCAGGCUAUUCCAGCCCUGGAGGUCUCUUCUGAGGAACUGGAACCAGUUGGCAGUGACCCAUCCCGGCUACAUGGCCUUCCUCACCUACGACCAGGUCAAAGCCCGCCUCCAAAACUACCUGCACCGGCCCGGGAGCUACAUCUUCCGUCUGAGCUGCACUCGGAUGGGCCAGUGGGCCAUUGGUCAUGUGACUGGUGAUGGCGGCAUCGUACAGACGAUCCCCCAGAAUACACCUCUCUACCAGGCCCUCAUCCAGGGCUUCAGGGAGGGCUGCUACCUUUACCCUGACGGACGUGAUGUGAACCCAGACCUCACCAGUCUGUGUGAACCAGCACAGAGAAGCAGGGUCAAAGUCACAGAGGACGAGUAUGAGAUGUACUGUGAGAUGGGUAGUACCUUCCAGCUGUGUAAGAUCUGUACAGAGAGAGACAAGGACACACGCAUCCAGCCCUGCGGACACCUGCUGUGCCAACCCUGCCUCACAGGAUGGCAGAAGUUGGAUGGACACACCUGCCCAUACUGUCGCUGUGACAUCAGAGGGACAGAGUCCAUCCUGGUGGAGCCUUACCUGUCUGUCAGCGAGGAAGAGGAAGAUGACCUGGAGGAUGUACAGCUAGUCAUGAAAAACCUGGCCUAUAUGAAGAGGAUGUCGUCUGAAGAGUACCAGUUCCCCAGCUCUCGCCUGGCUCCACCCCUCCCUCCCAAACACAGCACCUUCUCCCACUGCCCUUCCCCACAAGCCCCCUUACGGCCUUCCGAUAUACUGGUCAAAUACUCCCACUCUAACUCACGUUCUGCUCACAGUGACACCCCCUCAGACAGAGCGCUCACACACCACACUGCCAGCACUAACAGUGAGGAUUCUGUCUCAGAGCCAAACUUCCACUCCUGUUCCGUCUCCUCCCAGUCCUGUGGAGAGGGUGGAGCACCCUGGGAAGGGGCUUCAGAUUCAGUGAAACAGAAGAAGAGGUAUAAAGAAAGGAGUGAAAGGACGUCAGAGCUUGGGUACAGCCAGAGAGAGCGGGAGAGAACCAUGUCCUCCUGACGCUGGGAGAAAAGACAAGCACAACAUCUCUGACUCAAGAAUGGAUGGAUAAUAGGAAUAAGAAAGGUUGAUUCCACUGUUCCUGAUAAACAGCCAUUGUUAAUCUUAUGUACCUUAUGUAUAUGUAUCUUAUGUAUGCCUU